CCAAGACAAGAAGUAGUAGUGGAAAUGAAACAUCACCUUCACAAGUAAGAGUUCAUUUUUUUUUCUCUCUUGAAAAUAACACACAUAAGAGUUUGAUCAAAAACAACCUCACACAUAGUGAUGACAGAUGUUUCUCAUUAAGACUGACAACUAAAGAAAAGUAACAAAACAACAUGAACUGAUCAGUUACUACAUUUUUACUAAGAAUUUCUUUUUUUUUCUUCAACUUUAAUACUCAUCAAUAUCUCUUUAAUUUGGAGGUUACAACAACACUACAUCAACAUCAUCAUCAUCAUCAAUCUCAAUUUCUCACCAUGAAGAAUGAUAGUGACAUUGAAUCCAUUGAUCAAGAAAGUGGAGAAGAAACUACUCAGCUAGAUCUAACAACAAAUUCUUCCUCCAUUGACAACACAAUGCAGCAUCUGCAUGCAGAUCAAAAGUCCACCACUAACAAAAGGUACAUACCCCUUUUGGUUAUUAACUACCUUUUGCUCUUUGUAGGGUCACUUUCUUCAAGUUUACUCUCAAAGUACUAUUUUAUCCAUAAAGGUUCUAGUAGAUGGGUUUCAACUUGGGUUCAAUCUUCAGGUUUUCCUCUCUUAUUAGUCCCAAUUUUUUCACCUUAUUAUCUUCUAAAUUCAACAAAAAGAAAACCCUUUUCAGAUUUCAACCCAAAGAUGUUAACUUUAUCAAUUUCCAUUGGUGUUAUGUUGGGUGUCAAUAACCUUUUCUUCUCAUGGGGAAAUUCAUAUCUACCUGUUUCAACCUCAGCCCUUUUGUUAUCUUCACAGCUAGUUUUCAAUCUUGUUCUUUCUGUUAUCAUUGUGAAGCAAAAAAUCACCUUUUCAAAUCUCAACUGUGUGAUCCUUCUUACACUAAGUUCUAUCCUUCUUGCAUUGGAUUCUAGUAAUGAAAAACCAAAUGGGCUAACUAAAAAAGAGUACUUUAUUGGAUUCUUUUGCACAAUUGGUGCAGGGUUGUUAUUUGCAUUGUAUUUACCAGUGAUGGAGAAGGUUUAUAAAGAUGUUUAUUGUUAUGAAAUGGUGAUGGAAAUGCAGCUUAUAAUGGAGAUUGCAGCCACUGUUUUAGCUACUAUAGGUAUGGGAAUGGAUGGUGGAUUUUCUGAAAUGAAGAGAGAAAGUGAAGAAAUUUUUGAUAAGGGAAGUUUGGUUUAUUGGGUGACAGUUAUGGCUAAUGUGGUGACGUGGCAGUUUUGUUUUAUGGGAACUGCUGGAAUGGUGUUUUUGACAUCUUCAUUAACUGGUGGGAUUUGUAUGACAGCUUUGUUGUCUAUGAAUGUGUUGGGAGGUGUUUUGGUGUUUAGAGAUGCAUUUGGUGGUGUUAAGGCUGUUUCAACUGUUUUGUGCAUGUGGGGAUUCUGUUCUUAUGUUUAUGGUAUGUAUGUUAAGAUGUUGGAAGAGAAAGGUAGAAUGAAGAACCAGAAUGAGUCUUCUACUGAGAUGAUUUAUAUGAAUAAUCAUCAUGUGUUUGAUUGAAAAAGUAAUACAUUUGUAUGAAGUUGAUCUCUUAGCUAGUUUGAUUAGGAGUAGGACUCAAGGUAACUUGGGUUGUUUAAUUACAUGUGAAAAUUAGUUAUAUUCUUAUUAUUAAAUGGACUUGUAUAACUAACAAUUGUUGAAAUAGAUGGUUGAAUUGGAUCUAUACCCUCUACAAUUUCUUUCA